AUGGAAGAAAUACAAUCACAAUCAGAUAAUUAUAGGUCUUCCUCGUCUUCAGCAAGCAGUCCAGCAAGCAGGGUGCCCUCAAGUAACUUUUUCUACUUGCGAAAACCUGGCUCACUCAGACAACCCAUCUCAUUCGAAGAUUCACCUGAAUGGGAGGAUACAGACAUUGAUGUUAGGGUGGAGGAAGGAGGUGACUCUAUCAACAUUGCAACCACACCGGUCUCCCCAUCUCUUUCAAAACUCAAUAGUGGGUCUUUGCCAUCCCCACCAUUACCAGAGGGUGCAACUGCAGUAAGAAAGAUUGCAGGGGCUUCAGUUGUGUGGAAAGAUUUGACUGUUACAAUUAAGGGGAAAAGAAAGUACUCUGACAAGGUUGUGAAGAGUUCAAAUGGUUAUGCAUUGCCAGGAACUAUAACAGUAAUUAUGGGUCCUGCUAAAUCAGGGAAGUCUACGCUACUAAGGGCAAUUGCAGGAAGAUUGCCUCACUCAGCCAGAAUGUAUGGUGAGGUGUUUGUGAAUGGUGCAAAAUCGCACAUGCCGUAUGGUUCAUAUGGUUUUGUUGAGAGGGAAAUCACUCUAAUUGGAUCCCUCACUGUCCGGGAGUUUCUGUAUUACUCAGCGCUGCUUCAGCUUCCUGGUUUCUUUUGUCAGAAAAAGAGCGUCGUAGAGGAUGCCAUCCAUGCCAUGUCACUGGAUGACUGUUCAAACAAAUUGAUUGGUGGUUACUGUUAUAUGAAGGGCCUUUCAAAUGGCGAGAGAAGGCGUGUUAGCAUUGCCCGGGAGCUUGUGAUGAGGCCUCAUAUUUUAUUCAUAGACGAGCCUCUUUAUCAUCUUGAUAGUGUCUCUGCACUUCUGAUGAUGGUAACGUUGAAGAAACUAGCAAGUACAGGUUGUGCUAUUAUAUUUACCAUUUAUCAGAGCAGCACAGAAGUAUUUGGCCUUUUUGAUCGGAUAUGUCUGCUUUCAAAUGGAAAUACUCUAUUUUUUGGAGAGACAUUGGCUUGCUUACAGCACUUCUCAAAUGCUGGAUUUCCUUGUCCGAUUAUGCAAAGUCCUUCUGAUCACUUUUUACGCGCAAUAAAUACAGAUUUCGACAAGAUCAUUGCAAUGUGCAAAAAUUGGCAGGAUGACAAUGGUGAUUUUUCAUCAGUGAACAUGGAUACAGCUGUGGCAAUACGUACCCUUGAAGCAACUUAUAAAUCAUCAGCUGAUGCUGCUGCAGUUGAAACUAUGAUAUUGAGACUUACGGAGAAGGAAGGUCCAGUACUUAAAAGCAAGGGAAAGGCUGGAACUGCUACACGAAUUGCAGUUUUAACUUGGAGAUCAUUAUUAAUAAUGUCAAGGGAAUGGAAAUACUACUGGCUUCGUCUUAUUCUUUAUAUGAUUUUUACACUCUCUGUUGGUACAGUAUUUUCUGGCUCGGGGCACUCUUUGUCUUCAGUUGUGACAAAAGUUGCAGCAAUAUUUGUAUUUGUUUCAUUUACUGCGCUACUAAGCAUUUCUGGAGUACCUGCAGUUAUAAAAGAAGUCGAGGUAUACACAAGUGAAGAAUCAAACCACCAUUUGGGGGCACUAAUCUUUUUGUUUGGGCAGCUUCUCUCUAGCAUCCCAUUCCUGUUUCUCAUCUCCAUUCCAUCAAGUGUCGUCUUCUAUUUCCUUAUAGGAUUGCGAGAUGAGUUCAGCUUGUUAAUGUACUUCAUGCUGAAUUUCUUCAUGUGCCUCUUGGUAAAUGAUGGAUUAAUGCUGGUUGUUGUUUCUUUGUCGCGAGAUGUUUUCUGGAGCUCCCUGACUCUGGUAUCUGUACAAGUGGUAAUGAUGCUAUCUGCGGGGUAUUUCAGAAUUCGAAAUGCUUUGCCUGGGCCAGUGUGGACAUAUCCAAUAUCCUAUAUUGCUUUCCAUACGUACUCUAUACAGGGGCUGUUGGAGAAUGAGUACCUAGGGACUUCCUUUGCAGUUGGGCAGUUGGGUAUCGUAUUCUCGUCUUUGUUGUACUGUACUUCCGUGUAG